UGAGCGCAUCAGAUAGCACAUUAAAGCUGAGGGUGAUAAUAGAUCCUACGAGUACCCGUAAAGUAGUUAUGCCAUCUCGACCUGAGACAGUCAGUGACCUUUCGUUGCAUCUAAAAACAAACCUCAAUGUGAGUUAUGAUUUUAGGCUACAGUUUGAAGAUCCUGAGUUUGGAAAUGCAUUAUGUGAUCUCGAGAACAUUGAUGAUCUUCCCUCCAAAGCAACUGUGAAGCUCAUCAAAACACUUGAGCUGGAUAUCCAUCCUACUGACACAGAAGACACCGCGUUGGCUUCGGACACAUCAUCCUUUUCUAAACGCACAAGCAGGUGGCCUGAUGUGUUUGAUCUGCCAAAAUUUUCAUAUGACGUUGAGUUUGCCUUGAGAGAGGGCAAUUCUGAAUAUUUGAAACAAGGAAAGCAUCUUAAAUUGACAAGGGAUCAAAAACAUAACAUCCUUGAGAGAAUGAUAGAUACAAUUUACAGCUUCAAGGCAUACCCAAUUGAUACUGAGUUUGCUCAAGCAGCUGAAGCCCUGGUGAACAAACACCCCUGUUUGAAGGAAAAUGGCUCAAGAACCGGUCAUGAUGGAUGGAAAGUGUCCUUGAAGUUCAAAAUGGGUAAUUAUAGAAGCAAACUUCGGAGAUCAGGAAUGCAAGAAGUUGCCAUCAAUGGGUGCAAAAAAAGCAGAAGCAAUCCAGAUGCAGAACAUAGUCGAGCAAAUAUUAAACGCCCUAGACGAGCAGAAGUCAACUUCCUCCCCAACCUUCCUCAUGGGUCAGAUGAACUUUCUUUGGAAGAUUUACGUCUAAAUAUGAUGGAUGAACUUAAAAAGAAGGACCAAGAUGUCAUGAUGAUAAAUCGACACAUGCAACAAACAUUUGCGCUGAGACGAAAAGAAAUUGUGCAGUCCAGUCCAUCAGUUAAGGAAAUGAUGUCAAGAUGGCCAGCUUUGUUUCGAGAAGCCCAAGUACUUGCAGAGUUUCACAGAAUCACAAAUCAAAAUCUGCAGCAGACAUUCUACUCCUCCCUGGAUAAACAUACUCCACAGCUUCUGAAUCUUUUCAGAGCUAAGGCAGCAAAGGGCGGUGUCAGUGGCAACAAGAUGGCUGCAAUAUUAAGAGACUACGAUGAACAUGACAAGAAUGACAUUCAUGUCAGACGAACUACUGCUCUGGCAGGUUUACCAGUUUAUCUAAAAGAAGACUCUGCAGAUGUUUUCAAGACACACAAGAGAGAGGAUCUUGACCAGGCGCAAAAGGCAGCAGUUGCCAUCAUUGCUGUCGAGGAAGAGGUUGAAAAGUUGCCUUUCAACCCACAGGAUUUUCUGAUUGUCCUUGAAGAUGAGGUGGUAAUGUCUGCAAAGUCCUGGGUUAGUGCACUGGUGCUGAUUUUUGGGCUACUCUAUGCCCUUCACAUAAGCUACCCAAAGAAGCUGACCGUUUUUUUUGAGUUCAUACAGAAAGUGCUGCUAAAUCUCGACGAUGGGAAGGCCAGGCCGAAGUUGCUUGCACUUAAAAAUGAACUUCUGAUUGACUAA